CUCUCACGUGACCAAGAGCUGACGUGUGCAGAAGUCCUUCUUGUUCUGGUCGUUGUUCCCCGUCUGAGUACCAGCUCCCCACUGCCCUGAGGGUGAGCGGGCCGGUGGCAGAGGGAAGGAGGAGGAGAAGGAAAUUGUCCCGGAUCCCUGCAGGUCAGUGCCAGGGAGAUUCCAGAAGGUGGGGGUGGCCGAGGGUGCAGGGCGCAGACCGUCGCGGGUCUUGGGGCGCCUCUGUUGUCUCUCCCACUCGCCGCCGGCUUUGCAAGACAUCUGUCCCGCCCGCAGCCCAUUUCGAUGCUGCGAAAUGUCUUUCUGUAGGUUGCGGCACUACGGCAGGCUACAGAAGAGGAAGGAAAUUAACCCCGAUCGGUGAAGGUCGAUUUGAGGGUCUGCUGUAGCAGGUGGCACCAGUUGAAGCGAGGGAGGAAGUUUCCUCGGAUCAGUAGAGAUCACAAGGGUUGUUGGGCGUGGCACACCUCCAGGGGAGGGAAGAAGGGGCAAACUGCUUGUCUGGAGGAGGUCCACUUGUAGUGUCAGCUACUGUGGCCUUGAAGUGGGGCUGAAGACAAGACGAUCACCCUCUGCAGGCCUGCACCCAGCCAGGCCUAUAGCCAUCCUCCCCCAGCCUGAGUGACUACUCUGUUCCUUGGUCCCUGAUACUGUCAGGGACGAUUGCAUGGGCUACGCCAGGAAAGUAGGCUGGGUGACUGCGGGACUGGUGAUUGGGGCUGGCGCCUGUUACUGCAUUUACAGACUGACCAGGGGAAGAAAACAGAACAAGGAGAAAAUGGCUGAGGGCGGGUCCGGGGACGUGGAUGAUGUUGGGGACUGUCCUGGGGCCAGGUACAAUGACUGGUCAGACGAUGAUGAUGACAACAGUGAGAACAAAGGUAUAGUAUGGUAUCCACCUUGGGCCCGAAUUGGGACUGAGGCUGGGACCAGAGCUAGGGCCAGAGCAAGGGCCAGGGCUACCCGGGCACGGAGGGCCGUCCAGAAAAGGGCUUCCCCCAAUUCAGAUGAUACCGUUUUGUCCCCUCAGGAGCUACAAAAAGUUCUUUGCUUGGUUGAGAUGUCUGAAAAGCCUUAUAUUCUUGAAGCAGCUUUAAUUGCUCUGGGUAACAACGCUGCUUAUGCGUUUAACAGAGAUAUUAUUCGUGAUCUGGGUGGUCUCCCAAUUGUGGCAAAGAUUCUCAAUACUCGGGAUCCCAUAGUUAAGGAAAAGGCUUUAAUUGUCCUAAAUAACUUGAGUGUGAAUGCUGAAAAUCAGCGCCGGCUUAAGAUAUACAUGAAUCAAGUGUGUGAUGACACAAUCACUUCUCGCUUGAACUCAUCUGUGCAGCUGGCGGGACUAAGAUUGCUUACGAACAUGACUGUUACUAAUGAGUAUCAGCACAUGCUUGCUAAUUCCAUUUCAGACUUUUUUCGUUUAUUUUCAGCGGGAAAUGAAGAAACCAAAUUUCAGGUUUUGAAACUCCUUUUGAAUUUGGCUGAAAAUCCAGCCAUGACUAGAGAACUGCUUAGGGCCCAAGUACCAUCUUCGCUGGGCUCCCUCUUUAAUAAGAAGGAGAACAAAGAGGUGAUUCUUAAGCUUCUAGUCAUAUUUGAGAACAUAAUUGACAAUUUUAAAUGGGAAGAAGAUGAACCUACUCAGAAUCAGUUCAGCGAAGGUUCACUUUUUUUCUUUUUAAAAGAAUUUCAAGUGUGUGCUGAUAAGAUUCUGGGGAUAGAAAGUCAUCAGGAUUUUUUGGUGAAAGUAAAAGUUGGAAAAUUCAUGGCCAAACUGGCUGAGCAUAUGUUCCCAAAGAGCCAGGAAUAACUUCUUGAUUUUGUAGUUUAGAAGCAACACACGUUGUAAACUGUUCCUUUUCUCCACCUUGUUUAUAUGGUAAAGGAAUUCUUUCAGCUGCCAAUUUUGAGUAAUGAAUAUCAUAUUGUAUCCUCAACACUGAUAUUUAUCUGAGUUGGUCUUCAGGUCUAAGCUGGAUGAGUGAAUAUCACUACUUGUUCUGAAAACACGUUUGUUGCUUUUUAUCUUGCUGCCUAGAUUGAAAUAUUUUUACUCUUUCUUCUGCAUAAGUGACAGUGAACUAAUUCAUCAUAAAUAAGCUCCUUCCUGUCAUUUGCAUUGACUUCAUUUGUGUAUCAUCAAUAAAGUUGUGCAUUAAUGCUGAGAAAAAAAAAAGAAAGAAAGAAGGAAAGAAACCAUCCUUGUCUUUCAGUUUAUAAUCUAGUUGGAGAGAUAAGAAACAUGCAAACAAAAAGAUAACAGAAUAACUCGAACAUAGAUACUCAUUGUCAAAUAUGUGAGCUCAGAGCACAGAGGAAGCAAAGACUUCUGUGGGAUACAGUAGUCAGUUACAGAUUUUUGGAAAAAGUGGUCAUUGAAAAUGAAUUCUCAGUGGGGUGGGUAGUUAGGGCAUUCCAUGUGAUGGGAGUGAGGGGGGGACUGGUGUGAGAAAGGUAUGGAGGUAGGAACUCUUCCUAUGACAGUGAGGAGACUAGUCUGCUUAGUGUGGAAGUAAACAGAUUUGGGAAGCCAGCUGCAGCCAGUUUGUGAACUCUUUCAAUAUUAUCCCACUGAACACUGAGAGCCACUAAAUAAUUCUGACUAGGAAGGAUAAUUGUAAUUCAUAUAAAAGUCCCUCUUUCAUCUAUUGUGCAAUGUCCAUGAGGGUGUGGCAAAAUGGACCCUUUCAAAAUGGACCUUACAGUGGCACAGGGUUUGUGAAGGGCCAUUUGGCAAUAUAUAUCAUAAGCCUUAAAAUAUGUAAACCCUUUGUCCUAAGGAAAUAAUUGAAACAUUGGCCAAAGAUUGUAUUACAAGGCUGUAACUCUCAGAACUGUGUGAAAGAGUAAAAAUUGGAAACAACCUAAAUGUCUAGCACACUGGAUUGGUUAAUAAAUUAAGGAAUGUUCACACGGUCUAAGAUAAACAUGUUGAUUAGAAUUCAUAUUGCCAGGAAAAGAUAUUCAUUAUGAAUUGUUAAGUGAGAAAGGUAGGUUAGAUAGCAGUAUUUAUAGUAUGAUUCCAUUUUUUUUUGAGAAUAUAAAACAUGUUUAAGUAGAUACUAAAAACUCUGGAAUUACAGAUAUCCAGAGUAACAGUGGUUAUCUUUGGGUGAAAGGAUAGAGUGAUUUUUACCUUUUUACUUUUUAUUCAUCUACAUAUUCUUAUUUAUGUAAAACCAAUAAUUAUUUUUCAAAAAUUUUUAAAAAAGAAAAGCAUUGGGAAUGAAGCAGUGAUUGGUUGGAGCAUGUACUGAGCCGAAAAAACAAUUAAACAGGAGAUGGGUUUAAGUUUUCUCUUUGAAAUAAUAGGUGAGUACUGAAGAUGGCACUCAUUGUGAGGACAGAUGAAGAAAUACAUGCGGAAUACUUAGAAUGUUUUGGCACGUAGCAUUUAAUUAAGAAAAGUGAGUACGCUUAAUUCCCUAGAAUUCAGGACUGAUCAUUCUUUUGGUUGACCUUUGUUUUGCUGGGGGCGUUCUGCCACGUGUCAGCAUCAUUUAAUAAAUAAUAACAACAAUAAAGGUUAGCAUUUAUUAAGUUA